AUGGCUGUGCAUGAUGACUGCAAAUUGAAGUUCCAGGAGCUUAAAGCAAGGCGGAUCUACCGAUUCAUUACGUUCAAAAUUGAGCAGCAACAAGUUGUGGUUGACAAAAUAGGGGGACCGACAGAAAGCUAUGAAGAUUUUCAGGCCAGUUUGCCAUCUGAUGAGUGUCGUUAUGCCGUCUAUGAUUUUGAUUUCACAACCGAUGAGAAUUGCCAGAAAAGCAAGAUCUUCUUCGUUGCAUGGGCACCGGACACUUCAAAGGUGAGGAUGAAGAUGGUGUAUGCAAGUUCCAAGGAUAGGUUCAAGAGGGAACUGGACGGCAUUCAAGUCGAACUGCAAGCAACUGAUCCAAGUGAGAUGAGCUUGGACACUGUAAAAGCGCGUGCCCUCUAA